CCCGGGCCGCCAUCUUCCCGGGAGCGCCGGCGCCUCCCGGCGUGCCCCGCGCGCCGGCGCGGUGACGUCACCCCGCGAGUAUAAAAGCGCGGCGUGGCCGAGUGCACUUCCUUUCUGCGGGAGCGGCGCGGCGGGAGCGAUAUGGCGCCGCAAAAGGACCGAAAAUCCAAAAAGUUAACCUGGAAGUUUUGCCUUGACCUGACCCAUCCCGUGGAAGAUGGAAUCUUUGAUUCCGGCAAUUUUGAACAGUUCUUAAAGGAGAAGGUUAAGGUCAAUGGGAAAACUGGAAACUUGGGCAACACCGUUCACAUUGAACGUCUGAAGAACAAGAUCACAGUGACGUCAGAGAAGCAGUUUUCUAAAAGGUACCUGAAAUACCUCACCAAAAAGUACCUGAAGAAGAACAACCUGCGGGACUGGCUGCGCGUGGUGGCGUCCGACAAGGAGACGUACGAGCUGCGCUACUUCCAGAUCAGCCAGGACGAGGAGGGCUCCGAGUCCGAGGAGUAACCCGGCUUCAUGCUCACUGCAGAGUACAAAAGACUACAACAUCUAUUUAUAAGAACACUUUAACUUAUUGGUGAAUAAAUGUUUUGUACCCUGUUGGACAGAG